UGGAGUGGACCUGGUCUGACUGAAGGAAGGAGUUGAGACUGAUCCUGGGGCUGACUGACUAAACGUGAAUCCAUCCAUCCAUCUAACUUUUAAGGGAUCUUUAUCACGGUUUGUUGGAUCGAUUGAUUGUCCCCUAUCCUUGUCUAGCCAACAUGUCCGCUCAAGUGCUGCCCGUGGGCCUCUCCUCGGCUGGAAAACUCUGGCAAAACCUCAAGGGCCACGCGUUCAAGAAUGGGGCGUUCCUGGCUCGUCACGCCUCUUCGGGUUAUGGCUCGACCAAUGUCAACAUGAAGUUGACCCAGGACACGAAGGUGAUUUGCCAAGGCUUCACCGGCAAACAAGGCACGUUCCAUUCCAAGCAAGCCAUCGACUACGGCACCAAAAUGGUGGGCGGCGUCUCACCCGGCAAAGGCGGACAAGAAAACCUGGGCUUGCCCGUGUUCAACACCGUCCAAGAGGCCAAAAACGCGACUCACGCCGAUGCCACGGUCAUUUACGUCCCGCCUCCCGGUGCGGCCAAGGCUAUCUUAGAAGCGCUGGAGGCUGAAAUGCCCUUGAUCGUUUGCAUCACUGAAGGCAUUCCCCAACACGACAUGGUCCGCGUUAUCAACGCUCUCAAGUCUCAAGACAAGUCGCGACUUAUCGGACCCAAUUGUCCGGGGAUCAUCGCCCCCGCUCAGUGCAAGAUUGGCAUCAUGCCUGGCCAUAUCCACAAGAAAGGCAGUAUCGGUAUUGUCUCGCGGUCGGGAACUUUAACCUAUGAGGCGGUCCAUCAAACCACCCAAGUUGGUUUGGGCCAGACCCUUUGUGUGGGAAUUGGUGGGGAUCCUUUCAACGGAACCAACUUCAUUGAUUGCCUCGACAUCUUUGUCAAUGACCCCGAUACCAAGGGAAUCAUCAUGAUUGGCGAGAUCGGCGGCGAAGCUGAGGAGAGGGCCGCCGAGUUCUUGGCGCAAAACAAUACGGGACCAAAUGCGAAGCCUGUGGUGUCGUUCAUUGCCGGUGUGACUGCACCCCCUGGCCGAAGAAUGGGACAUGCUGGAGCCAUCAUUUCGGGAGGAAAGGGAACCGCUCAGAGCAAGAUUGAGGCGCUGGAGAAGGCUAAUGUAGCUGUCACUGCAUCGCCAGCCCAAAUGGGCACCAAACUGGUGGAACUCAUGAAGUCCAAGGGAAUGGCUUAACAUUCGAAUGGAAAGAGAUCUCUGUUCUACCCAAUCAACAUCGCCUCACAAGGAAAAUAAGUUAAGACCUCCGCUGAUCUUCCGCUUGCAGCCAACAUCCGUAACAGCAAGACUUAUGAACAAUUUGAUGCCUCUUUUAUUGUAUCAUUGUUAAUAAAGAGAAAGAAAAUUUUUA